GGAGGCGGCUUCGGAGGCGUCUUUGGGGGCGGCGAGGGCAUCCUGCAAGCCGGGGAGAAGGAGACGAUGCAGAACCUCAACGACCGCCUGGCCGCCUACCUGGACAAGGUGCGAGCUCUGGAGGAGGCCAACACCGACCUGGAGGUGAAGAUCCGCGAGUGGUACAAGAAGCAGGCGCCCGGCCCCGACCGCGACUACAGCCCCUACUACAGGACCAUUGAGGAGCUCCGCACCAAGAUUCUUGCUGCAACUGUUGAAAAUGCCAACAUAGUCCUGCAGAUUGACAACGCCAGGCUGGCAGCUGAUGACUUCAGGACAAAGUUUGAGACGGAGCAGGCUCUGCGCCUGAGCGUGGAGGCCGACAUCAACGGCCUGCGCAGGGUCCUGGACGAGCUGACCCUGGCCAGGGCUGACCUGGAGAUGCAGAUCGAGAACCUCAAGGAGGAGCUGGCCUACCUCAAGAAGAACCAUGAGGAGGAGAUGAACGCCCUGCGUGGGCAGGUGGGUGGCGAGAUCAGCGUGGAGAUGGAUGCUGCUCCCGGAAUCGACCUCACCAAGAUCCUGGCGGAGAUGCGGGAGCAGUACGAGACGCUGGCCGAGAAGAACCGGCGCGACGCCGAGCAGUGGUUCUUCAGCAAGACGGAGGAGCUCAACCGCGAGGUGGCCAUUCCCCGGCCGCGCGGCCUCCCCCUGAGCCGCCGCCGUCUCUGCGCGCAGAAAGCGGCGCUCGAAGGCAGCCUGGCCGACACCGAGGCCCGCUACGGCACCCAGCUGGCCCAGCUGCAGGCCCUCAUCUCCAGCGUGGAGGAGCAGCUGGCCGAGCUGCGCUGCGACAUGGAGCGCCAGAACCACGACUACCGCCUGCUGCUCGACGUCAAGAGCCGCCUGGAGCAGGAGAUCGCCACGUACCGCCGGCUGCUCGAGGGCGAGGACGCGCACAUCUCCUCGCAGUACUCGUCCGCCGUGUCCUCCCACUCGGGCAGAGACGUCACGACAACGUCCCGCCAGGUCCGCACCAUCGUGGAGGAGGUCCAGGACGGGAAGGUGGUCUCCUCGCGGGAGCAGGUCGCGCUCACCACCCGCUAG